UCAUCGGGUACGUUGUAGCUUCAACAAGAACAAGAAACAUGUUGCCAAUAUCUACCAAAGUGUUGUUCCUGAUAACUGUUUUAGUGUUUCACGUGGCCAACACUGAGCCAGAGUUAUCGUACAGCAGCAAAACUCCUUAUCACCCAGGUGAUUUGAAUAACGUUUCUGAACCUUCUGGCUGCACGGCCGUCCAACUAAACAUGGUGCUUCGCCAUGGAUCGCGUUAUCCGUGCACGGAUUAUACAUUAGCUAUUGUUGAUUUAUUAAAGAAGAUAAACCAGCUACAUGAGUCCAAGCCUUACAAGUACAACAACCUCACUUUACCUUGGAAUCUGUCUCACGAGUAUGACAUAGCUGGAAACUGCGAACAGUCUGAUGCUGGAAACCAAGAGAUAUAUGAACUAGCAAAACGAUUCAAGAAAAAAUAUCCUCGACUUUUCGUCCAGAAAUAUUGGAACAAAUUUUAUACAUUUGUAACGUCUGGUACCCCGCGAACGGCGAAGAGUGCUUCGACAUUUGGUUAUGGUUUGUUUGAAGGGAAAGGAACUCUUGGUCUAAACAAAUAUCAACCCAUUGGUAUCAUCUUCUCGGGUCUUAAAGACAAAGACAAGGUCCUAAGAUACUACGACACAUGUUCCAGGUACAAGCGGGAAAUAAAAGAUGGCAAUGGACUUGAAGAGUGGCAAAAGUUUGGACUCAGUGAUCCCAUGAAAACAGUCAUCAAGAAUAUCGAGGGGAGAUUGCAACUAAAAGGAAAAAUCGAGUUAUCGGCUGAAUCCGUGCAGAAGCUAUUCUGGUUGUGUGCCUUUGCCACUAUGAACCAGGAGAACAGAGACUGGUGCUCUGUAUUCACUAAAGAUGACCUUGAAGUGCUAGCAUAUUACGACGAUAUCAACCAAUAUUACCGUCAUUCUUACGGCAAUGAGAUAAGCUACAGAACCAACUGCCCUCUUCUUGCUGAUAUCACACACUCGCUCAAAGCUUUUGUAACCCAAAACCAAUCUUAUCCGUAUGGUAUUUUCAGGUUUACUCACAUCGGAACUAUGACAGCCUUGCAGUCUAUUCUCGGCAUGUAUAAUGACUCUGUCCAACUAAAAGCCAACAAUUUUGCAGAACAAAGAGAUCGUACGUUCCGCAUUUCUAGGAAUGUUCCAAUGUCUGCUAAUAUGGCAUUUGUGUUGUACAAGUGUGAAAAGAAGCCAAAUCACAUGGUUCAAUUGUUGAUAAAUGAAAGGCCAGCAGUUCUGCCUUGCUGUGGUAAUGGUAGCUUGUGCAGCUUUCAAACUUUUCUCUCGUGUUAUGAACCAAUCAGUAAUAACUGCGAUUUUGAUAAGAUGUGUCAGUUCCCUACACCUACGGUGUCUGCUUCAUCACCACGAGACAAACAUGGUACAUGGGUCUGUUUGUCGUUAUUUAUGGUGCUAUUAUUGUUUUUGUAGAUCAGGACUAGGGAAAGGUUAGUAUGACCAAAACUACAAAGAAAGUCAAUACGCGUCACUGAGCAAGGUUAAGUUGCGGGAAUAAAAACAUCACGGCUUCACUACAUAUGCAACCGUGUAAACGCAAGGCGCAACCGAGUAGAAGAUAACAUGGUUUCAAAUGAAACCUAUAACAAGAAUAUCAAUAUUUAAGACACCAUUCCUGUUUGCUCCAGACGGAAACGGCUUAAAUAGAGUUAUUAUGGGAUUCACUGUUAUGUAUAAUUUUUUAAAUGUUUUAAAAGUGUUUUUUUCUUUAUUCGUCCAUUACUGGCCAUUCAUCUAGUUUUUGUUUCUUUAUGAGUCCCUCGGUAAGCUUUUCUAUCCAUGAUGGUAACUCUCUUCGCAACGACAAACUCAACGCUUUCCGUCUCAUUCUUUCAUAUCCUUGGAGUGAAUCACUUUGAGUUUCUGUCUCACUUUCGUCACUGUCUUCGAACCCCAUCAUGUCUCCUUCUAGAUUAUUGAAGUACUCGUUUUUUGCCAAAUCGGUUGGUUUGAAGACGGAAACAGUUUUUCUAUAUCCAUUCAAGACUAGCACGGUCCCUGGGUUGAUCUGACCAAACUUGUCCACACCCAUGACCUCAGUACACCAUUGUAGGUUUUCUGGUAUCGAUAACCAUGCAAACCUAAAGAACAGCCUGGCAUUUUGAUACCUGAAACGAAAAACAACUUCGUCAGGCAUUGCGUAACAUGACUAGCGAUUUAAAUUACUAUUUAACUGACCUCUUAUAGCAAGAUAUGACGUCAUUAUAAGCAUGCAUGAGAGGAGAAGACGCUGUUUCUUCAGGUGUCACGCUAUCCAACAGUAACGUGACUGUUAACUGGCCAUGUGGAGCAUUCUUCAAUAGUUCUUUUUCUGUUGAUCUGUUUAGUUGUACGUAACCUAAUGCAGGUCCUUGGCUUUUUGUCUUUUGCUUGUUCGUGCUCUUUGGGUUGCGCUUGUCGAGAUCGCUAUCAAAUACAAUACAUAAUAGAGCUUUUAAGUGUGACGUUACUCGUAUAAAAAGACGACUUCCGGGUCCAAAACGAAAAGCAGUCCUAUAAAGAUGUUUUCUUUGUUGUCUGAAGUUUUAAUUGUUUCAGAUAGACGUUAAAUUGAGAACAGUUUUUGCUUUAUUUUAGAGCUUCUUUUGACGAGUUGGAAUACUUAACGACAUAUAAUCUCUAAUUGUGAGAAAUGUACACGAGUAAAAGAGUGACAAAAUUAAUACAAAAAAAAAAAAAAAAACCAGUUCCAUCAUUGAUACUUACCUUCCUUGAGGUAGGAAUAUACCAACAGCGCCAAUGAAAAACAACGCGACAAUCAUGGUUAUGAUAGACAUGUUUUCUUUCCUUAAACAGAGAUAAUAGCAUAUCUUUAAGUUGUUAUGCAGUAUAACAUAAAACAAGAGUAAUACGUACCUAGUAGCUAAACCAAGAACAUAUUUUGAGAAGUUCUUAACUUUAUUCAUGAUUCUGAAAAGAGGUCCCUAAGAGAAUGCAGGAAAUAAAAAGAUUAAGGCUGA